AUGCCCGAACUCCUCUCCACCCUCCUAGACAUCGAUCCCACCUCUUCCGCCGGCUGCUGCGGCCCCAUCUGGCGCCGCUGCCCCAACAAACUCAGCCACCUGAGCCGUGUCCGCGCCGCCCAGAUCAUGCGUACCGGGGAGGCUCUCCUCGCUGUGGAGGCACCUCUACGGCAGUGUCUGGAGCAGUUGGCGCCGUUGAUGCUUUGCGGGGAACAUCGGGGAGAGGUCGGAGAGAAGGAGUUGUUGAAGUUGUGGUGGUUCUUGAUUAAUGAGGGGACGGAUGCCGAUGUUUACUAUCGUGAGAUGGAGGCUUUGUUUAGGCAUUGGGGAUGUUUGGAUGAGUUGGGUGGGGAAUUGGAGGAGGAGGAUGAUGGUGGUGAUGAUGAGGAUGAACACGAUGAUGAGGAUGAGGAUGAUGACCAUGUUGAUGAAGAUUAUCAUGGUGAUGGUGAGGUAUCCACAUUCAGCGACACAUCCAGUGAUACCGAAAAUGACACCGACAAGACAGUAUCAGACAUCUCCUCUCUGCUCUCCCGUCUCAUCUUAACACCCCAACAACCGGCAUGUCUCACAUCCACCCCAACCACCACCAACAAGCAACAGAAACAGAAACCCCCACAAUUCCCGAAAGUAGGCACCCCGCUCUCCAUCGCACGCACUAUUAUCGCAAAACAUCAUGGUCUUGGUCCGAACCACGUCCUGCCCAAACCACCUGUCGAAGGGGAAUGUGGGAUCUGUUUACUUGGCUUUAAUGCGCGGGGUGGAUCAAGGGCUAAGUUUGCAGAGAUGUUUCAUCCGGUUAUACCUGUUCAGGAUGCGGAUGAUGAUGCUUGUAGGGAGAAGAAAAGGAAAAGAAAGGCGGGCGAGGGAAUAACAAGGGGGGAGGAGAAUAAGGAGAUGGAAAAAAUUGUUCAGUCCAAGUCUCGGACUCUCGAUGAGGAAGAGCUCUGGCCGGGAUACGAUUUCUCGCGAUGGAUAUGGUGCAAGGGGAGUUGUGGGACAAGUUAUCAUAAAGAGUGUAUGGGGUGUAUUGGGUUUAUUGAUUUACUUUACUUUACUGAGGAGGACUGA